AUGGAGAAUGUCGACGACGGUAACUCCAAUACACCAGUCGGCCACGAUGUGGAGAAGGAAAAGAAGCUUGUUCGCAAGCUCGACUGUGUCAUCCUGCCAUGGGUAAUGCUCAUGUAUCUGUUAUCGUACAUGGACAGGAGCAACCUCGGCAACGUGCGUGAAAUCGGGCUGGAGCGAGACCUUCAGCUUACUCCUACGCUAUACGAGUGGGCAUCGGCCACUUUCUACAUCGGCACCGUCCUCUUCGGCACCAUCGGUGGCCUGAUGCUGAAGGUCGUUCCGCCAUCGACAUGGCUAGCCGGGUGCCUUGUGGGAUGGGGGGCCAUGAGCACGCUGCAAGCAAGCUGCACGAACGCGGCCGGGUUGAUCGCGCUCCGAUUCUUCCUCGGCGUGUUCGAGGCUUCGUUCGCGCCGGGCUGUGCGUUGUACUUGAGCUUCUGGUACCUCAAGUCGGAGCUCUCUUUGCGCAUCGCCGCCUACGCUGGCAUGAGCGCGCUGAGUGGAGUGGUUUCCGGUCUCGUGGCAUACGGCCUGGGUUCUGCAGAUGGCCUGCUUAUUGAAUCCUGGCAAGCCGUGUUCAUCAUAGAGGGGCUGCCGACGGUCCUUUGUGGCGUCUUGACGUUUUGGAUCUUGCCCGGGCGGCCGGAGGCUGGGAAGUCGCACUGGUUUAGCGAAGACGAGUACCAGAUCAUCCUACAACGCCGGACGAGAUUUGUGAGGAAUCAGGAUGAUGGCAUCAAACUCAGCCAGGUCAAAGGUGCUUUUCUCGACUACCGUCUAUACCUCUUUGCUUUCAUCUACUCAGGCUUGUCGCUGUCCUUGGCGGUUAUGUCCGUGUUUCUCCCCACCAUUGUCGCCACGCUUGGCUACGAAUCCGUCAAAGCCAACCUGAUGACGGCCCCAGCGUACGCUUCAGCAUACAUAUGCCUCCUACUCACAGCACACCUCUCAGACCGUACCCGCCUCAGGGGCGCACCGGUCGCUGUUGGCGGGUUCAUCGCCGGCACGGGAUACGUCCUGCUCGGCCUGUUGCACGAACAUCGCGCCCGAUACGCGAGCGCCUUCCUUGCCAUCGUGGGAACCUAUAUGGCAUAUCCCAUCGUGCUUGCGUGGAUACCCAGCACGUUUGGCGGCGAUACGAAAAGCGGCGUCGGAGUUGGUGUAGUCAUAGCCGUUGGUCAUGCCGUGGGCAUAGCGGCCUCGUACAUUUACCCGAAGAAUCAGGCGCCGCAGUAUUUCAUGGGGAACGUUGUUUCCAGCGUCUUGACAUAUACUACUGCGGUAGCUGCUAUAGCAAUGUCUCUGCUGUUGUAUCUGGAGAACAAGUCGAGGGAUAGGAGAUAUGGAAAGCCUGAAAUCGAUUGUAGCAUCGACAUGGGUGCUGAUGCGGACGGGAACCCUUCGUACAGAUAUGAUAUCUGA